AUGGCUGGUGAAGUUAGUGCAAAUAUAAGUAGAAGUAGUUAUACACAUAGCACACCACAUCCGCCGGAUCGUAAUAAACCUAGUUUUAUAACAAACGAAACUGAAUUCAUCGGGAAAGGAGACAUAGUGAGGUCAUCAACACCGAUUACUAGUAAGCAUAGAAGAAGUAGGAGUAGAAGUGGAACGCGGAUCACGCCUUCAGCUUUGAGUCUUUCGGACGAGAAUUUCUACGAGGACUUGGAGGAAUACGUGAAGGAGAUGGCUGUGGUUAGAGGGGGCGAUGGGCUGGACACCAGCCAGGAUGUGUGGAGUCAGCUGCAGCAGAAGGAGUCCGACCUUCUGUUGGCGGCGGAGCUCGGGAAAGCGCUCUUGGAGAAGAAUGAGGAGUUGAAGAAGGAGCAGGAGCGCGUCCAAGAAGUGGUGCGACUGCCGAGCUCACUGUCACAUGUCACCGUUGCCGUUGGAAAAAUACGUGUUAGAGGGAAAAUCGCGCGCCAAGUCCACUAG